UCCAGCCGCCCCUCGGCUUUUCGAACAUCCAGGUGUAGCUGAAGGGUUCGCCCCGGUGCCGAGCCUGGUUGGCAUCUUGUUCCUGCCGGUGCCGGCAGCGCCUCCGCCACAUCCCGCUGGGCCCAGCGGUGCAGGUUCGGCUCCCAGCGGAUCCUCCGCCCUCCGGCCGGCCGGGGAUGCGCGGCAACGUGCCCCGAGGCAGCCGGCUCCUGGGUGGCACGGUGCGCGGGAGGGCUCGGGCAGGAGCCCCGAGAGGUUUUUCACCUCCUUCGGCCCGGGAGGCGCCGCCAGAAGAGGCGUGGGAUCGGCUGAGGGGGCAGAGCACCCGGCGGGGGGUGCCUUGUCUCUGCCAAAAAGAGGGCACGGCUCCUGACAGGACGCCGACAGCGUCGUGUGGGGCAACAGAGCGGAGGGGGUGUUUGAGGAGGGAAAGGGAUAACCGGGAUCCUCUGGAAGGCUGCUCUUGGCGCGAGACUGCGAGACCAGGGGGCCUGCACGAGGGGUCCGGCUCCGGAGGCUGGAGGGGAAGGGUGGGUGGGUGUCGUCACGUCCCUGCGGGUCUGCCACGGCCUCGCCAGGUGAAAAGGAAGGAGCAGCGGCUUUCCUGGCGUUGUCGGUGUCUGGAGAGCUCGCGUCCCGGGACACGACCAGCUCGUGAGCCCUCUCCGUUGCGUAAGCCCCCAGGGAGCUGGUUCAGGCGGCCUCGCGGCUCGUGGCCCGGCAGGAGAUGGGUCGUGCCCUCGGCCGGGGCAGGCGGCGCAGCCUCCCGGGGGGGUUUCGUCAGCGAGCUGCGUUAGUGAGCGCUGUGGGGUCUGGCUGGGGCAGCGUUCGGGGUGCUCGCCGCCGCGGCUCGGGGCUGCGCGACGGUCACGGGGAAGUGCUUGGUGGCCUCAGGGCUCUCCUCCCAGCUGGGGGUGGCCAGGAGGCUGGGAGGGGACAGCCGGCGCAGCCAACCCGGCAGCCGAGGGCCGCAACUACCGCGGAACAGCUCGGCCAUAAAAAGCGGGGCAGGGGGGCACGGAGCAGGGGCUGGUUUGUGGCUGCCGAGGUCGGGUGCGCUAGAGCCCGGCUGAGCGGCCGCCUUCCCGCGGCGGGAGCUUUGUGUUGUUCUUGGAAAGUUUCGCACCACUUGUGAAUUCCUUGAACCUUGGCAUUGCGAGCCCACUUCUGUUGGGCCCUCCUCCUUUACAGCUUGCCCAAAUUAAGACGCAGUUGGCUCUCCAGCAAUUGACCUCAGUUGCUACCGGCCGCUCCGCACCUCCUUAUGCUUGGUUCAAUCAGGCAUUUCUGAAAAGCGCCAUGUUCAGCCCUCGAGGAGCGCUGCCUCAGAGGCCGAGAGGACCCAAUCCGUCCGGCGCAAAGCCUCCGGGAUCCUUUAGGGGAGGAGGCGCAGCGGGUCUGCAGAGAAAGCCUGCGCCGGGGACGCCUCAGGGAGCGGCGCAGAGAUUUUCGGGACAGGAAAGCUUCCAGUGGACGGGCUCGCAGAGGAUAAACGUUCGGGUGACUCUGCACAGGGCUGAUCCAAGGCAGGUAAAGGUGAAGACGAACCUCCACCAGGAGCAGAAGGGAGAGGCGCGCACCAGUCGCUGGGAUAGUAACCCCUGCUCGGCUGGGGCCGCCGCGCAGAAGCCGCCCCCCCCAGCCCGCGUCCCGGAGCAGAGUACGAACGCCCAGAACCGCUACACGCCCGAGAGCGCGUCCAGUAUUCUGGCGAGCUUUGGGCUCUCCAAUGAAGACUUGGAGGAACUCAGUCGCUACCCAGACGACCAGCUGACGCCCGAAAACAUGCCCCUCAUCCUGAGAGAAAUACGGAUCCGUAAGAUGGGUCAUUCUUUAUCGGGUCUGCAUCCUCCGAGCCGAGGAGAAGAAACGAUGGGCGGAACGAGCGGUGCAGCGGUCAAGGGUAAAGUGAUUGAUUAUGGGCACGCGAGCAAAUACGGUUACACCGAAGAUCCCCUCGAAGUGCGUGCUUACAAUACCGAAGGACUGAACGAGGACCCCCUCGAAUCACGCGUCUAUAACCCUGAAGCGUCGGGUGGGGAGAACAGGGAAGACUUCCAGCGAGAGCAGAACGUGGCGAUGGGCGUCCCGCCACCCGGCGUGACGUGUAACCCGGUGUUCCCGGUUCAGGAUUUAAUGAAGCCGGCGGGUUUCCAGAACGACUCCUCAAAUUCGCGAUCGUUUUUUCCGGCUGAGGCUACGGGCAAGGUGUCCGGCUUGUGCGCGGCGCCCGCUGGGCUCCCCGUGGUGAAGCCGGUGUCGCAGCCCGCGGGGCCGCCCGUCAUGCCGCCCCUGAUGCCGCCCCUGAUGCCGCCCCUGGCGCAGCCUCUGAUGCCGCCCGUCAUGCCGCCCCUCGUCCAGCCGCCCGUGACCCAGCACGCGAUGCCGCCUCUGGCCCAGCCGCCCUUUUCGGCCGAGCUUCUCGCAGCCGUAAGCCAGCAUGAAAGAAUUCAGCACGAGUCUGGGACGAGCCAGCCGGCCGCGCAGAGCGGCUCGGCGGCGGGACAGAAGCCCUUCCAGCCGCAGGCCGAGGGGCCCCUUAAGUCUCCUUUUGGCAUUGUGAAAGCGUCGUGGCUCCCGGUGUUUCUGCAGUCCGAUGCCCAGAAGAUAAAAAGACUGCCCACGCCGUCAAUGAUGAAUGACUACUAUGCUACGUCUCCGAGAAUAUUCCCCCAUAUGUGUUCUCUCUGUAACAUAGAAUGCACUCAUAUGAAGGACUGGAUUCUGCACCAGAACACCCCUUCCCACAUUGAGAGCUGCCGCCAGUUGCGUCAACAAUACCCCGACUGGAACCCCGAGUCUCGUUCUUCAAAGAGAAAUGCUGGUGACAGAAAAGAAAACCAGACCCCGAAGCGCCGCUCCAACUCUGCCAGUCCCAGUCCCAGACGAUCGAGGGUUGCAGGCUCCAGCUAUGUUCUCCGGCGGUCGCGAUCGCGAUCCAGGAGCCCCGGCCGCUUCAGGCCAACAAGACCAAGAAGUCGAAGCCCACGGCAGAUGCGACGGCUCAGCCCUAGACACAGGUCAAGGUCACCACAGCGGUCAAGAAAUCUGCUGAGAACAAGCCCGCGACCUCCGAGGUCUUCCAGUAAUGACUGGUCCAGGAGGGCAACCCGAUCUCAAGACAGAAAGGCAGCUUUGGAGGCAGUAGUGAAAAGUUUAGGACCUGGCUUUGUAGCGGAGUUCAAUAAGCAUAAAUCACUUCAAGCAGCUGGGCUAGGAUCCUCGGGAUCGGGAAAAUCACCACCCUCUCAUGGACUCCUAGGGAAGAUGCCUGGAAAUAUGAAGAAGCCACUGAAAACAAGUGUUUCACCGAAGGCUGCGAAGAAGGACAUGCUUUCUCUGCCUGGGUCAAGUUCUUCUUCUCCUGAAAGUGAUGAUUCGCCCCAAGACAAAGAAAUGGAAGAGGAUGAGGAAGACGUACCUGCAGGAAGCAGCGGGCCUCGUCCUUCUCCUUAUAAUAGGCUGUUGAGAGAGGAAUUGCUGAAUUGUGGGACAGUCCUUCAAAUAUCUGAUUUACCUGAUGAUGGCUUUUCAGAUCAGGAUAUUAAAAAAAUUGUUCAGCCAUUUGGCAAAGUUAGUGAUCUCAUUGUACUUCGCUCUAGGAACGAGGCCUACUUGGAAAUGAACUACAAAGAAGCGGUGAUAGCAGCUGUGAAAUACGGUGAAACUGUGCCGGUGCUGGUGAAUGGGAAACGGGUGAAAAUAAGCGUAGCAGAAAAGCCAAAAGUAUCUCCUGGCCAGGCCAAAAUGAACAUCAAAAAAAGGACUCGGAUUGUUAAAAAAGUUGCACCGAGUACAAAGAAACAUCAGGACACCACCACUAAGACAACUAAAUCCAUUACAGGUAAAAAAGAAAAAACUAAGAAAUCUGUGGUGACAAGAGAUAGUAAGAUCAAGAAAACUUCAACUACUGCAGGAAAUUCAGUAGAAGAUAAGUCUGAAGAUCUUCAGAUCUCAACAGAAGCUGAAAUGGAAGCUGGGGAAGUUGAGCUGUCCAACCCAAAGAACGUUACGGAAGCAGACAAAGUUAGGGAGCCUGUGAAGGUGGUGGAGACUCCGUCCAAAGGAAUUGAUAAUCCUGCAUCUUUACUAGAGAAACUUGCAGAGACACCUCAGGUGGCGGCGGUGGACUUGGGUGAAAUUAAGGAGGCUUUAAUUGGUCAAGAAGCUACUGUAGCGACUGUGAAGAGUGAAGAAUCAACAGAACCAAUUAGCAAGGAACCUGAUGAUAUAUGUGUGGUUCUUAUUUCAAACUUGCCUGAGAAAGGUUAUUCUGUCGAAGAAGUUUCCAACCUAGCAAAGCCAUUUGGAGGACUGAGAGAUGUGUUAAUUUUGUCAUCUCAUAAAAAGGCAUAUAUUGAAAUAAACAGAAAAUCUGCAGAUUCCAUGGUUAAAUUUUACACCUGCUUUCCAAUGUCACUGGAUGGGAAUCAGCUCUGCAUCAAUAUGGUGCCUCAGUAUAAGACUAUAAAAGAUGAAGAAUCAAUAUUUACUGCUAUCAUCAAAGAAUCUGACCCUAAGGUAAAUACCGAAGCUAUACAUCAUCAGUUUGUGCAUCUUGGAAACUUACCAGAUGAUGGGUACAGAGAAUUUGAAGUAGUUUGUGUGGGACUUCGAUUUGGAAAAGUUGAUCAUUAUGUUGUGCUGAAGAACAAAAACAAGGCAAUUCUACAGCUGGAGAGUCCCAAGGCAGCUAGAUCAAUGUACUGCUUCCUGAAACAAUAUCCCUACAAGAUGGGUGAGCAUACGUUGAGCUGUAUGUUGUCACCUAAUGGAGAGUAUGCUGAAGCUGAAGCUAUUAAAAAAGAUGUGAAGAAAGAGGAACCAAGCAAAGGAAGCUCUGGCUUGAAAAAAUAUCCAGAGGGAUCAGGAGUGGUGCAAACAGCAGCUGCUAAUCCUCCAGUAGAGCCCAGUGUGGCAAAGAAAGAACCCAUUUCCAUCUCUAAUGUCAAAGACGAGAUGUCAGCAGUACAGAUAGAGCCCUCUGAGUCCCACCUUGAAAGAGCAAUAAGGGAGUCUGCUCCAAGGCUGGCAGAAGCGCCCGUGGAGAAGGAGGAAGUUGAACUUGGUGUCGCAUCCAUCAACUCGGCUGAUGCUGAACUACUUGGAGCAAAGGCAGAAGAGCUGCUGCUGCCUCCUUCCAGCCUGGAGAAAGAAGAGGCAGUUACAGAUGAUACUAAACUGGAGUUGGGCAAGUCUGCUGUUCUGUCUGCAUCGGAGAAGGAAAUAAAAGCGAGAGCUGAAGAGUUGUCUGCUCCUGCCACUGAGCCCCCAGAAGAAUCGUCCGACGUGGGGAAGGUGGGAGAUGUGCCGUCAGGCUCUGCUCUGAAGCUGCCAGGAGGGAAAAAAGCAGGGGCUGUCCCUGAAGCCGUGCCCCCUGAUUUGGAUGCAGCGUCAACGGAGAUGGUCUCGUCUGCUGUCACACAAACAAACAAAAAGUUGGAUGCUCUUGAAAAAAAUCGUGUCUCUGAUGCUGUGAAUACCGAACGUGAAAAGCCUGUGACUCAGAUAACGGAGAAGAAACCUGCACUUCAAACUGGAGUGGCCGUGGAGAAGAAAGUGGAUGUAGCUGGAGCAGCCACCGAGAGGAAGCCAGAGGAGUCUGCGCUCAAAGCUGGAACAGCCGUGGAGGAGACCCCCGAAAAGCUUUGGGGCAAGACUGGGGCAGAGCCAGAGAAGAAACUUGAAAAAUCUGUGGCCAAGGUUGGGGCGUCUGUGGAGAACGCUGAAAAAAAUGUGAAUGAAAAGAAUGAGGGGAGUUUAAUCAAAGCACCCCAAAAUAAGGGAACGGGACCAGCAAAAGUUGAUGAAACCUGCAAAGCACUUCCAGUAAACUCCUCUUUAUCUGUCAAAGAAUCUUCCUCUGUUGGUAAAGCGAUUUUAAAAGCAGUGGUGUCUCUUCCUGAUGUAUCCAAGUCAAGGGUUCCAGUGUGGAGAAACGAGCCUUCCCUGUGUAAAGGAGAGGAGCAGAAAGCUGCCUCGAAACCUGAGCCCCGAGGACAAGUGGUGGCGGAGAAGAAAAUUGCACCAAAAGAAGUGGGUCCUCCGAGAGCUGGUAGCAGCCGAGCGAGCCUGGGAGACGGCAGCGGCAAGCCUAAAGUGAGCAGAAGUUCUGUGGUUGAUGGAAAGGGAGGCAAUGGGAGGAAUUCAUCUCAGCAAGAGAAGGACUCGCGAGUGGAAUCUAGGGCUAGUUCAAAACAGUCUCAAGAGGGAGAGAGUAGAUCAUCCAGCACGAAGAAAGACAACAGCAGCAAUAAGGCUUCUGUUGGCGGCAAUACUAGACCUUCGAAAAGUGGCGGUAGCAGCAGUGCAAAACAAAAGGAGGAAGAAGAGCUGUUUCCGUUCAACCUGGAUGAAUUUGUUACUGUGGAUGAGGUAGUGGAGGAGAGCGAGUCUCCUGUUAAAACACGGCGAAAUCCACCGAGGGGAAAGAGGAAAGAUGGUGCUAAAAAUAACCCCUCCUCUGAACCAAGUUCUAAGAGAAGAAAAGGGAAAAGCUCCGUAGCACGCAUCGCUGAAAGCGAGCUGUCUUUUGUCACUUUGGAUGAGAUCGGCGAGGAGGAGGAUGGGCCCGCACAGCUGGUGGGAGAUGCUAACCUAGAAGCGCUCAGCGACCCGCAGGGCCUGGUGGUGGUGGAUGAAGUGCUUGAGGAGGAAGAGCUGAUGGCAGAAGUGGUGAAGGAUCCGCAGUCGCUUGUGACUUUGGAUGAGAUAUCUGAACAGGAGGACCUUGGCUCCCAUAAGGACGUCCCCGGGUCAGUUUUUGAGGAGCAGGAUUUGAAAACUGAACCCUUGGUGACUGUAGAUGAAAUUGGCGAAGUAGAGGAGCUGCCGCUGAAUGAGCCUGCAGAUCUGAACGUCGAGGAUGUGCUGAAACAGAAGGAGGACGAUAAAGGGACUGCUGAGGAUUCUGGAGAUUUUGUUACCUCUCAGGUGCCUGACGAUCCCAGUGCUUUAGUGACAGUGGAUGAAAUACAAGAAGACAAUGAAGACAACCCGCUGGUGACGUUGGAUGAAGUUAAUGAAGAUGAAGAUGAUUUUCUGGCUGAUUUCAAUCGCCUAAAAGAGGAACUAAACUUUGUUACGGUAGAUGAAGUUGGAGAGGAGGAUGAGGAAGAAGAAAAUACUUCCCUAGGGAAAAAUCUGAAUGAAGAUGAAGACGAUGAGGAUAUUGUUGCUGUUGCAGGACCAGAAGAAGAAAUUGCUGCCAUUGCAGGACCAGAAGAGGAGGAUAUUGUUGCUGUUGCAGGACCAGAAGAAAUGGAAAUUCUAGGAGAUAUGAGUCCAGAAGACGAAGAUAUUAUUGCAAUCUCAAAGCCAAAAGUAGAUCAGCUGGGAUCGGGACGGAAAGAACCAGAGCCUACGCAGAAGAAAACGGCUUCUUUGGAUGCAUCAAAGGUGCAAAGUGCUCCAAAAGAUUUAGAUUACCUAGUUCCGAAGGCUGGCUUUUUCUGUCAGAUCUGCUCUUUGUUCUACGCGGAUGAAACGUCUGUGAAAAAUCACUGCAAGACACCGCUCCAUCAGCAAAACAUGGAGAAAUUCAUGGCCAAGCAGAAGGACGAGGGUAACAGUGGGGAAGAACGGAGUUCAAGGUGAUCAGAGGAAAGAAGAGUUGUUUCAGCAAAUUAAACUUAGGGUCCAGUCAAUUUUGUGUAUUUUGUUAUGAUUUAAUUUGUAAUUUUGUUUCAGAAGCAAGCAUUCAUGUUGUAUAAAUUUGAGCUCAGUAUAGACGGACUAAAAGAUGUAUGGUGGCUUUGAUUUGUAUAUCAAAUCAUCUGACUCGCAAGAGAUUUCUUUUACAAGCGUUGACAUGAAAUAAAUGUUCUUAUUGUAUAGUUAACACCA